CCCUCUCACCUCAGAUCUUCCUGGAACGUCGAAGGAAGCAGGUGGCGAUAUUCAGGUUCGACCUCUCGCGUGGCCGCCUCGCUUGGUGGCGGGACCUCAAUUCCAGGUGACGGACACACGAAAACCGUGCCAGAAAACGUUCGUACGCGUCGACGUGAAGGUCGAGACUAUCAGCCCGGUCCUCUGUGGUGUACUCGAUAAUCGAGAUCGAACAGCCAAAACCGGAACGUCGUUCCGAACAGCGUCGGAGCGACUUGAUCACAGUUUCCACUCUGUUAGAGAUCCGUGAAGUCGGGAUAUCCUACCUGCCAGGUGGACUUGUUCCUGGAAUUGCUCUUUUUCGUUCAAUUCUUCGUUCGUUCGAUGGAAGACGGUGCGCGCGCGAACACGAGGUCCUCUGAUAUUGGCCCUGCGGUGAUCAUCGGGACCUGGUGAUUUCAAUGCACGGUGCGGCAGCAACGAGAGAGAAGCUCGUGAUAUCGUGCGCGAUUUUUUCGCAGUGCCUUGGUUUCUCAUAGACGGAGUACGAUAAAGUCAAUAGAAAGUAAAUCGUGGAAUAUAAUCGAUCGUCGAUCGUGAGACUCUGUCAUCGAAUCAUCAAUAAGAAGAAACUUAUUAAAAGACGGGACGUAUAGAGGAAGGAACGGAAAGUUUGCGAAGAGAUGUUCGAGGUGGACCAGGACGAUCAUCGAGGAUUCUUGUGGACCAAGCUAGUGGACAUGAAAGCAUGAGAACGUCGUACGCGGUAUGUUCCACAGCGAGGUGCAGCGCUGACUGAGGACACAGAAGAAUCAACCAGGAAACGGAAGCCUAAACAACGGGAUUCUGAUCGAGGAAGACGAUGUAUCGGCCGAAUUUUUACGAGAGCACGUGUUUGAGAUGCGCUCAGACCGUCUACCAAGUGGACAGAGUCGGUCCACUGAAGGACUUCACGUUCUUUCACGCGGGCUGUUUCAAGUGCGCGAUCUGCGGCACUAAACUGACCCUGAAGACUUACUACAACAACCAGCAUACGAUCAACGACAAGGAGGUGUACUGUAGCAGCCACGUUCCCAAGCCAGGUCCAGGAACCUUGGACGGAUCUAGUGUAGGCAUUAGGUCCGCGCUGAACGUACCGAGAAGCGGUUACGUCAAUGAACAGAUCAGAGCUGGUGGCGCGUCGCCGCGGGGAGUUUAUCCACCUUGUUACGAUAAUGUAGACUCGCCUAAUUGUGCCAGGCACCUAAACGGACAUGGUUCACCGCCGGCCACGAAUUCGUCCCAGCGUGAUCUUCAUGGGAACGCCGGCGGAGGAACGUCCUCGCCGUACAACCACAAUUAUUCCGGCGACGGGAGCUACCAGUACGGGAGAUUCGACGCGAGCGCGCUUCACAUCGCCCAUGCCCUUAAGCAGACGGAGCUUCAGAAGGGCUACAGCAAGGCACGCGAGAAGCCCAUCGAUUAUUAUCUGGAUCGAGAUGAGCAGACGCGACUCGAGAUGAAACAUCGCAAGGAGGAGGAUGACCUCUAUCGGAAAUUCGCUCACCAUCGUGAAGAGGAAGACAGACGAAUUCGAGAGGAAUUUAGGGACGAAUGGGAGAAGGAACUGGAGGAACUAUCGGCCAGAUGGGAACGCGAAAAAGGUGGAAGAGCCCGAGCCCAGCAAUUUCAACAAGAGAAGGAGGACUUGGAGAAGAACAUGACUCUUCGUAGGGACAAGAAAAAGGAAAGUCUCACGCGCAAAAUGCUGGAGCACGAACGGGCGGCGACCGCAGCAUUGGUGGAAAAACAGAGCUCGGAGAUGUUGGAGCUGAUCAAUGAGGCAAGAAGCGAGUAUAUGCGGCAGGAGAGCUUGUAUCUCGACGAAGGGGACGGUUAUGCCCAGGAAGCACCGCCUUUGCCUUAUCCAUCGCGUGCUCCACCCCCACAACCCCCUGCCCUCGCAAAGUAUCACAUCUACAAUGAUCCUCUGGAGUUUGCUGACAUGGAUCAGAUAGCUAUUUCGGUAGCUCAAGAAGAUCAGAAAACAUUCACGGAUCUGGUACGGCAGUUGGUGAGCAGAUGCGGAUCAGAUAUAGAAAAAGCUAGGACGAUAUUCCGAUGGAUCACCGUGAAGAAUCUAAACACCAUGCAGUUCGACGAGAAUCUGCGCGGGGACACGCCUAUGGGCUUGCUGAGAGGCAUAAAGCACGGGACUGAAAGUUACCACGUUCUGUUCAAACGACUAUGCAGUUACGCUGGAUUACACUGUGUGGUUAUAAAGGGUUACAGCAAGUCGGCUGGUUAUCAGCCAGGCGUUUGCUUCGAGGACAACCGAUUCCGGAAUAGCUGGAACGCAGUUUACGUUGCUGGUGCGUGGAGAUUCGUUCAAUGCAAUUGGGGGGCACGACAUCUGGUCAAUGCCAAAGAAGUUCCUCGUCCUGGUCAACCAAAAGCUAAGAACGAUAGUUUGAGAUACGAAUACGACGAUCAUUAUUUCCUGACAGACCCGCGAGAGUUCAUCUACGAGUUCUUCCCCCUUCAAGAGGAGUGGCAAUUGCUUAAACAACCGAUUUCGCUCAAAGAUUUCGAAGAGCUGCCUUUUGUGCGUUCAUUGUUCUUCAGGUACGGCCUCUACUUUCCGGAUACGAACACGAAUGCCGUUAUGUACACGGAUUCUACGGGCGCCGCGACCGUCAGGAUAGCGAUGCCGGCUCACAUGCAGUCGUCCCUCAUCUUUCACUAUAAUCUCAAGUUCUACGACAACGAUGGCGACGGAUACGACGGCGUGUCAUUGAAACGUUUCGUCAUGCAGUCUGUCGUUGGGAAUAUCGUUGCGUUUCGUGUGCACGCGCCCUGUUCAGGAGCUUUUCUCCUGGAUAUUUUUGCCAACGCGGUGACACCCAAGGAAUACUUAACCGGAGAGCCGAUGAAGUUCAAGAGCGUGUGCAAAUUCAAAAUUGCAUGCGAAGAAUUGCAAACAGUGAUGGUACCAUUGCCAGACUGCGCGAGUGGCGAAUGGGGUCCAACCAAAGCCACGAGACUGUUUGGUCUCAUACCAAUAACUCAUCAGGAGGCCUUAGUGUUCGCUGGUCGCGAGUUGGAGAUCCAAUUCCGAAUGUCGCGACCGCUGACCGACUUCAUGGCGACGUUGCAUAAAAACGGAAUCGAGGAAAAACGACUCUCCAAAUACGUAACGCACUCGAUCGCUGACGACGACGUGGUGACUUUCUCGAUCAGCUUUCCCGAGGAGGGUCAGUACGGUUUGGAUAUUUACACCAGGGAAUCGACGAGUCCCACGAAUGUUCCCCACGACAUCACCGGUGAAAAGCACUUGCUCACGCAUUGCUGCAAGUAUCUGAUUAAUUCCAGCAAGAGGAACUAGCAACGUCGACUACGAUUUCGUAUUUUUAUGCAUAUAGUAUAUAUACAAUAUAACGAUUUCGCUGGAUCGAUUCGAUACAUGGAUACGAAGAAAUACAUCGCGUGUAUAAAUUGGUACAUGUGAUGAGACUAGACUAAAGGUGCUGCAAGUUCUUUUAUCAUCGUGUUCUUCUCUAUUUCCUUUAUUUCUAUGGAUACAUUCCUUCUUAACUACGAAUUUGAGGAACUUCGAGUGACGUGUAAGAACUAAUCUACGAGAUUAGCCUUUACUUGCCAGUAAACUAUUGAUUAAAGAGUCAACUAAAGAGUCGAUCAAGGUGACGAUUAUGCAAGAUGAUUUUCACGAUGAUAGCCAAGAAAACAAAGGGGGAAGGUGGUUUUCGAACAACUGGUUUUUGAAACUUUGGCACGAGGAACUUUGAAAAAUGUCACCGAAUGCGAGAACGAUUCCGAUCUGACGCGCUACCUCCACGUUCUUCGUAGUUUGUAAUAACGAUUAUUAUCUUAUUUGAGAUGUGUUUGAGGAUAUAAUCAUUAGAUUGUGGAUAUUUAUGCAAUGUUCAUGUUUUUAUAAACACGACUGUAAGACAUGAGAACGUAGGAGAAAUUCGUUUCACCUAUUAAACAUUAUAACGAGUAAUUGCAUUUUCGAUAUUUGAUAUAUUUUUUCAUACUACGUGCAUUCUAUACAUUUUUGCAUCUUAAAAUGUUCCACAAACGCAUAAAAAUCUGCAGUCUAGUAAUCUUAGUCGAAGGAUAAGUUGUGUUUAAUAGGGUCCUUAUUUAAAAUUCGCCGAUUCUUUUGCGCGGCGACCACCGUGUCGUCCGUGUUUCAGCGAGAAAGUUGGCAAUUAUAAGUUAACCAGCUCUGGAGAUCGACCAUCGCGCUCCGACCGCAUUAAUCAAACUUUCUCGCCUCGACUCGAAGCAUUAAUCCCAAUUAUCUCGGUCCGCUUUAACUCAAUGUCGAGAAUCGCGUUUCGUUUUUACGCGUUCGAGAUAUUUGGACAGAAUGGAACGAGACUUCGUUACGCGAGGUGCUUUUAUGUAUAUGGAUUAUGCACACGAUCCGCUGAUUUUUCGAUCGGUCGAUAAAAACGAGCAAAAUUAUCGAUCGAGAUAAACGAUCUAUGAAAAUAAAAUCGGCGAGGAAUGGUUCGUUUUCAAGAAAGCGCAUGCUUUGUUCUUCUAAGUUCUUCGUAUUCUAACGAUGGUAUAUAUAAAGCAUUCCAUUUUUCCUUGUUGCGAACGACCAUAACCGCAAAAUUGUUACACGAAGCGGAAUAAUUACAGUGGAAGCUUUUUAUCUGGAUAAGUCGGGGUAAGAAUAAGUUGUAAGACAGUUGGGAUAAUCGAGUAUUUUUGAUAAUAGUUUAUUAGCUACUGCCUUCAACUUUCCAUAAAUUCGAAAUAAUAAAGUAUAAAAUAAAUACGAAUAACAAAAUAUAUAGGAGCAGAGCUCUUUUUUAACCUCCUCAAUUGUGCAAAAGGACCUGACGUUCCAGAAAACUGAAGUUGAUGUGAAAGCUACGUUCCAUUUUUGAUAUAGGGACUUUUUUCUAAAUACAAGUAAAUGAUUGCAUAUAUUCGAUAUAAGAAUACGGGUUCAUAUAAUUAGAGCUAAGUCGAGCAUAAGUAAGCUCGACCUCGUAUUAAUUCGAAUAAUAGAAGCUUAGAUAUAAGUUCGUAUAUCUAAAGCUGAGUAUUAACUUGUUCGUAUAAACGAGGUUCUACUGUAUUUCGUUUGUCUCUAGGACACCAUAAGGAUAUACGACAUUCCAUUUCAGUAAUUAUGUAUCUAGGUUCGUUCAGAGAGAUUUUGAAAUCACGAAAUUUUGCGGCUACGGUGGUUUCCGAAGUUCAGGUGCUAUAUGUUAUUCUGUCAGGAUUAGCUGCACGAUUCUAGUUAUUCUCGUACGCGAGAGAAGCGAAAGCGUUGAACUUUUCAAGCGGAAAGUUUUCAGCGGUAAAAGCUAUAUAAUUGUUCAUUUUUGUAAUAUGAAUAUCUUUUAUCUUCCCCUCUCUCCCCCUCUCCCUCCUUCCCUCCCUCUCUCCCCCUCUGUCUCUCUCUUGUCUUUGUUGUUAUUUCGAAGUUACAACAACGCUUAUGCAAAGAAAGUUCUCCGCGAUUCCUAUUACCGGUGGAAUAAAGUAUAACUCGAGCUUAAUAUCCUCUUUCUCAUUGUUUCAUUCUAACGAGCAUGUAAAUUAAUUUUUAUACAUAUUACAGAUACGUAAUAAAGACUCGUGUUCUUGUAAAGAAAAAGGAAGUAAUAAAAUCUAAUUUUGUGGAAA